AUGAGAGCGUGGAAGAGAAAUCUCAUCGAAAAUCCGCCGGCGGCCGGAUCUCGGAUCCUGGAGGCCGUCCUACCGCACCUGGACGAAUGGGUGGGCCGCCCGUUUGGCGGUCUGUCCUACAGGACGACACAGGUGCUCACCGGGCAUGGUUGCUUCGGUGAGUACCUGUGCAGGAUUAAGAAGGAACCAACGACACGGUGCCAUCACUGUGGUGCCGCCCGGGAUUCCGCGCAGCACACGCUGGUAGACUGCCCAGCGUGGGAAGAGCUGCGCGGAGUCCUGAGGGCGGAAAUAGGUAAUGACAUCUCCCUGCCGCCCAUCAUUAGCCAAAUGGUCGGCAGGGAGAGUGCCUGGAAAGCGGUCUCCUCCUUCUGCGAACAAGUAAUGCUGCAGAAGGAGGAGGCCGAGAAGGUGAGAGAGAGGCGGCCGGGGGGACAAAUGCCCCCCGGCAACGCAAACAGUGGCAGGGACGGCAGGGACGAGGACCAUGACCCAACUUGGCUCCCGCCCCGGCCGCCCAGACGAAGAAGAACUGCCCCCCGUCCUCCGGGCUCUAGGUACUCACCAAAACAACCGUGUCCGGUGAGCAUCUGCGUCAUUCGGUAA